AGCAGUCAGCAUUGUGUCGUGGAAUUAACUAGUUUUAUUUUGUCUUUUGUUUAAUAGUCAUAACACAUUUUCACUAUAAAUAUUGCUACAAAAUUACACGUGCUUCGACAUUUGUGCGUACGCUAAGCCAGCAACAGGUACCGUGACAUUAUUCUUUUGCGCCAGCAGCAGCAGAAGCAGCAGCUGAUUAAAGAAAAAGAGACGCAGACAAAAACAACAACAACCAAAUAGGCGAAGCUAGUUAAAUCAAAGCCAGUGCAACACGAACAUUCCAGGCAGCAGCAACAUGUCCUCUGAAGCAAAAACACCAAUUCUGCGUAGUUGCAUCAAAUUGCCUUUGGCCAACGAUGAAUUGCUGGAGGUUAUAGCCAAGGCUAAGGAUUAUGCUAUAAUGCAUGGAGCUGCUAUGCGCUCAAAGAUCAGCUACAGCGCGGAUUCACUAAAUUUUGCACCAUUUGUCUUGGUACCGUCAUCAUUUCCACGCAAAGAAUUCGAAAAAGCUGUAGCCUUGCAACCAAUCAUAAACCGUUUGAUGCACAAUGUGGCGCAUGAUGAGGAGUUUAUUACCACAACUCUGGCGGAAACAAUUAAAGUGGAUGAAUUUACUGCAAAUUUGUUUAAUAUUUAUCGCAAAGUGUUAGCCAAUGGCUUUACGCAGCGCAUUUCGUUGGGCAUGCUGCGCAGCGAUUUAAUGCUGGAAUCGGACUGCCCGGAAUUAUCACCUGUACUUGAACGUCCAGCAGCUGCAACUGUUGCUGCCAACGAUGCUGCGAUGAGCGAUGAUGUUGGCGCUGUGGAGCAGCAGCUGGAUGCUAAACUCAACUUGGCCAAUGUAAGAAAGUGCAACAAAGAGCUCAACGGCAGUGUGGGCGCCUCGACGGCCUCAUCGGCAUAUUGCUGUUGGAAGCAAGUCGAGAUCAAUACGAUUGCAUCGGGUUUUGGCCAUUUGGGACCAGCAAGCAAAACCAUUCAAAGCUUUGUGUUGACAGAGCUAGGACAUGCUGAAAAGAUCAAGCGCAUGCCCAAGAAUAAUGCGCUGGCUGGAUUAUGCGACGGCAUGGUCAAGGCCUGGGACAUCUAUGCGAAGCCGCAGGCGGUAAUACUCUUCAUCAUCGAGGAUGUCUCCUACAAUAUUUGCGAUCAGCGUUUCCACGAGUUCUAUAUACGCGAGAAUUAUCCACAUAUCAAGGUGCUGCGUCGCACAUUGACCGAUGUCCAUCGGGAUGGCAAGUUGGGACAGCGCAAGGAGUUGCUGCUCGGCACAACUGAGGUGGCUGUCAUUUAUUUCCGUGCUGGCUAUGAGCCGGGCCAUUAUCAUUCGCAGAAUGAAUGGGAUGCGCGCUAUCUGAUGGAAUGCUCACUGGCCAUCAAAUGCCCAUCGAUCCAUUAUCAUUUGGCGGGCACAAAGAAGGUGCAACAGGCAUUGGCACAGCCAGCGGUGCUGGAGCGUUUCAUCAACGAUCCCGAGGAGAUUAAGGCUGUUGGCAAAAUCUUUACGGGCCUCUAUUCACUGGAUGACAAUGAGGCGGGCAAUGCCAGCUAUGAGAUGGCCCUGCGUACUCCAGAGAAAUUUGUGCUCAAGCCGCAGCGUGAAGGCGGCGGCAAUAACGUAUACGGCGUAGACAUUCCAAAUGCCUUGAAGCGCAUGACUCGCGUCGAGCGCUCUGCCUGGAUCCUUAUGGAUCUCAUACACCCACCGUUGUCGCAAGGCUAUAUGGUGCGUCCUGGCGGUGAUAUGCCACCGCAGAUUGUGGACAUGGUCUCGGAGCUGGGCAUUUUUGGUGUCGUCAUCGGCGAUGCGGAUAAUAUACUGCACAAUUAUCAGGCUGGCCAUAUGCUGCGCACCAAGCUAUCCACUGCCAAUGAAGGUGGCGUUGCCGCCGGUUUGGGCGCUCUGGACAGUCCUUACCUCAUUGACAACGAGGACGAGGCCGGCUACUAUUAAAGUACUUCAUGUUUUUUGUAUAACAAUUAUUUUUGCAUUAUAUUUUUUCGUAUUGCGCGUCGAUUUGUGAUUUGGUGCAAUAAAUUU